AUGGAGGAGAGGAGCGAGGAGUCGUCCGUUUUCUCUGUGAGGGUCUUCACUCUGCAGGAGGAGACAAGGCGAGAGGAGGAGGACAUGGAGACUCAUGAGGAGGAGGUGAUCGGGGGGCGGCAGGUCAGAGUGUGCAGACAGCGAGGAGAGGAGGAGCUCACUCUUCUCCUCACAUCAGGACCAGAGGCUCAGCAGCUUGUUGUGCAAGAUGAUUUGAAGAAGUUCCAGCAGUUAAUGAAGAACCGGGAUGAUGAAGAGACGAAGAAAAGACGUGCAGAGAGAGAGGAAGGAGGAAACGAGGAUGCAGAAAGGAGUCUUAUACGUACCUCCUAUCAGGGAUACCAGUUCCACAGCUGCUUUUCCCAGCAGCAGAGCCUCCUGCAGGACUACCCGAGGAUCGCCACCUACCACAGAGCAAUUUUAGACAACGAGACAGACUUCAGAGACAAGGUGGUUCUGGAUGUGCGUUGUGGUUCUGGUAUCCUGUCUUUCUUUGCAGUCCAGGCUGGAGCGAGCAGAGUGUAUGCUGUAGAGUCCACACCUCUGGCCAAGUUCACACAGAUCCUGGUCCAGAGUAACGGUCUGUCUGAGCGGAUCAGAGUCCUGGAGGGGGAGGUGGACGAGGUCAUCUGUCCUGAGAAGGUGGACCUCAUCAUCUCUGAGCCGAUGGGACACAUGCUGCUGGGGGACAGACUCUUAGACGGCUUCAUACGGGCCAGAAAGUGGCUGAAACCAAACGGUCUGAUGUUUCCCUCCUGUGCUGAUAUUCAUCUGGCUCCCUUCACCGACGAGCAGCUCUACUUUGAACACCACGCACGAGCUGCUUUCUGGCAGCAGAGAAGUUUCUAUGGGGUCAACCUGAGCGCUCUGCACAGCCCUGCAGUGGACGAGUUCUUCAGGCAGCCUAUAGUGGACGCGUUUGAUGUGCACGUCCUGAUGGCCCGAUCCGUCAAACACAGCAUCAACUUCUCGGAGGUUAAAGAGGAAGAUUUUCACAGAGUGGAGAUUCCCUUCGUGUUCACUGCGCUGCAGUCGGGUCUCGUUCAUGGGCUCGCCUUCUGGUUCGACGUGGCUUAUCUGGGCUCCAAGUCCACAGUUUGGCUCUCCACGUCUCCCUCGGAGCCGCUCACUCGCUGGUCUCAGGUCAGAUGUUUGCUGCAGACGCCGCUCUUCGUGAAGCUUGGACAAACUCUGUCAGGGUCGGCGCUGAUGAUCGCUAACAGCAGGCAGAGUUAUGACAUCACCAUCACAGCGACGGUCGACCAAUCAGGCUUCAGAUCUGGAAACAUCCUGGACCUCAAGAAUCCUUUCUUCAGGUGUUCUCUCUCCUACAUUUAAAAAAAAAAAACAUCACAAGG